AUGCAUCAAACACAAUUCCAACAUACUUUCAGCACACUAUCGCCCAUGUCUGAUUUUGUUGGCAAGACCAUCUCCUUAAUUUCUAAAAAGAAUUUAAGGUAUGUCGGUAUAUUAGAAAACAUAAAUGCCGACGAUGCUACAAUUGCAUUGAAAUCGGUAAGAAUGUUUGGUACUGAAGGUAGAUUAGGACAACCACAUUUGGAAGUUCCUCCAGGAAACGACAUUUAUGACUACGUUGUAUUCAGAGGCAAUGACGUGGAAGAUUUAUCAGUUUUAGAUGUCCCUAUUGAGCAAGUGAGACCAGUGUAUCCCCCCAUUGGAACGUCUGGGUUGUAUCCCACACCAACUUCGCAACAACCACCAUACCCACAACAGUUCCCCCCACAACCAACUUCAACCAAUGUGAAUCAACCGGGACCAAGUCCAGCACAAGCUGCAACAGCUCCAACUGAAACUUCUGGUGCCGUCCCUCGUGAACAACCACAGCCAACAAAAACAACUCAAGAACAGCCACCCACAAAGAGUACUAAUGAAACCGAGCCUGGUUCAUUACCCAAUGAAGCAGCAAAGGAAAACAUUGAAGAAAAGGAUGUGGCACAAUCUCAGCCCGGGUCAAGGCCAAAACCAAAACAUACAAAUUUGGACUUUAAAGAAGAUUUCGAUUUUGAACAGUCUAAUGCCAAAUUUCAAAGAGAAGUGAAAGAGCAAGACGAAGGUCCAAAGUACAACAAGCAGUCAUCGUUUUUUGAUUCAAUUUCAUCAUCAACUGAGGAAAAAGGAAAUAACAGGAAUAGAUGGGCAGAAGAGAGAAAUUUAAACUUUGACACUUUUGGUGAAUCUGGUGCAAGAGGCGGAAGAGGUAGAGGAAGGGGAAGAGGUGGCAGAGGUAGAGGAAGGGGAAGAGGCAGAGGUAAUUGGAGAGGAAGAAGUGAACCAAAACCUGAAUGGGCGUAG